GGAGAGAGGGGGUCCACCCCUGCUUGCGGAGGGGGCAACCUUCCCAUCCCCCCUCCAUUUCCUUCCACCUAGAUGUCCAGCAACCGGCCGGUGGAAAUUGUGGAAGAUCCCCGGGUCGUCGGGAUCUGGACCAAAAACAAGGAGCUGGAGCUCUCGGUGCCCAAAUUCAAGAUCGAUGAAUUCUACGUGGGCCCGGUGCCUCCAAAGCAGGUGACAUUUGCCAAGCUGAAUGAUAACAUCCGAGAAAACUUCCUGCGGGACAUGUGCAAGAAGUAUGGGGAGGUGGAGGAGGUGGAGAUUUUGUACAACCCCAAGACCAAGAAGCACCUGGGCAUUGCCAAGGUGGUGUUUGCCACGGUCAGGGGUGCCAAGGAGGCUGUCCAGCACUUGCACUGCACGUCGGUCAUGGGCAACAUCAUUCACGUGGAGCUGGACACCAAAGGGGAAACUCGUAUGCGCUUCUAUGAACUGCUGGUCACCGGCCGAUACACCCCUCAGACCCUCCCGGUGGGCGAGUUGGAUGCCAUCUCUCCACUCGUGAAUGAGACCCUGCAGCUGUCGGACGCCCUGAAGCGCCUCAAGGAUGGCAGCCUGUCUGCAGGCUGUGGCUCUGGUUCCUCCUCAGUCACUCCCAACAGCAGUGGGACACCCUUCUCCCAGGACACAGCUUAUUCCAGCUGCCGCCUGGACACACCCAACUCCUACGGACAGGGUACCCCGCUCACCCCGCUCACACCGCGCCUGGGUACCCCCUUCUCGCAAGAUUCCAGCUACUCCAGCCGCCAGCCCACCCCCUCCUACCUCUUCAGCCAGGACCCCACCGCCACCUUCAAGGCUCGCCGCCACGAGAGCAAGUUUACAGACGCCUACAACCGCCGCCACGAGCACCAUUACGUCCACAACUCUGCAGUGGCCGGGGGCGCAGCCACCUUCCGGGGCUCCUCGGACCUUCCGUUCGGGACCAUGGGCAGCACCGGGAGCAGCAGCGCCCCUCCAUUCAAGGUCCAGCCGCAGGACUCAGCCACCUUUGCGCACACUCCACCCCCCGCCCAGGCGGCCCCUGGCCCUGGCUUCAAGUCAGCCUUCUCCCCGUACCAGACCCCGGUGCCCCCGUUCCCGCCUCCCCCAGAGGAGCCUGCGCCCACCACAGCCUUCGGGGCCCGGGACAGUGGGGACUUUCGAAGGGCACCCGCACCCCCGCCGCUGCCUCCUGCCGAGCCUCUGGCCAAGGAGAAGCCGGGCACCCCCCCCGGGCCACCGCCCCCCGACAACAACAGCAUGGAGCUGGGGGGCCAGCCGACCUUCGGCUGGAGUCCCGAGCCCUGUGACAGCCCUGGGACCCCCACGCUGGAGUCGUCGCCCGCGGGCCCCGAGAAGCCCCAUGACAGCCUGGACUCGCGAAUCGAGAUGCUCUUGAAGGAACAGCGCACCAAGCUGCCCUUCCUGCGGGAGCAGGACUCGGACCCCGAGCUGCAGAUGGAGGGCAGCCCCAUCUCCUCCUCCUCCUCCCAGCUCUCCCCGCUUGCCCCCUUCGGCGCCAACUCCCAGCCUGGCUUCCGCGGCCCCUCGCCACCCACCUCGCCGCCCUCCAGCACGGGCCUGGAAGACAUCAGCCCGACACCACUGCCGGACUCUGACGAGGAUGAUGAGCUGGGCCUGGGCCUGGGGCCUCGACCCCCACCUGAGCCGGGACCCCCGGACCCUUCCGCUCUUCUGGGCCAAAUGCCUGAGGUGGCCUUGGACCUGGCUGGAGACAGGACCCCAACUUCAGAGAAGAUGGAUGAGGGCCAGCAGUCCUCGGGUGAGGACAUGGAGAUCUCGGACGAUGAGAUGCCCUCAGCCCCCAUCACCAGCGCCGACUGCCCCAAGCCCAUGGUGGUGGCCCCUGGGGCAGCGGCCGUGGCAGCCCCCAACGUGCUGGCCCCAAGCCUGCCGCUGCCACCGCCCCCGGGCUUCCCGCCGCUGCCCCCGCCCCCGCCGCAGCCUGGCUUCCCCUUGCCGCCCCCCCUGCCCCCCCCGCCCCUGCCGGCACCGCCACCCGGUGUCCCUCCCCCGCCCAUCCUGCCGCCGCUGCCACCCUUCCCGCCUGGACUGUUCCCCGUGAUGCAGGUGGAUGUGAGCCACGUGCUGGGCGGCCAGUGGGGCGGGAUGCCCAUGUCCUUCCAGAUGCAGACGCAGAUGCUCAGCCGGCUGAUGACCGGCCAGGGUGCCUGUCCCUAUCCGCCCUUCAUGGCCGCUGCGGCCGCUGCCGCCUCCGCCGGGCUGCAGUUCGUCAACCUGCCACCCUACCGCGGCCCCUUCUCCCUGGGCAACAGUGGCCCUGGCCGCGGGCAGCACUGGCCACCCCUGCCCAAGUUCGACCCCUCAGUGCCACCCCCUGGCUAUGUGCCGCGCCAGGAGGACCCGCACAAGGCCACGGUGGACGGCGUCCUGCUGGUGGUGCUCAAGGAGCUGAAGGCCAUCAUGAAGCGAGACCUGAACCGCAAGAUGGUGGAGGUGGUGGCCUUCCGGGCCUUCGAUGAGUGGUGGGACAAGAAGGAGCGGAUGGCCAAGGCCUCGCUGACCCCCGUGAAAUCGGGCGAGCACAAGGACGAGGACAGGCCGAAGCCCAAAGACCGAAUUGCCUCAUGUCUGCUGGAGUCGUGGGGCAAGGGCGAGGGCCUGGGCUAUGAGGGCCUGGGCCUGGGCAUCGGGCUGCGCGGUGCCAUCCGCCUGCCCUCCUUCAAGGUCAAGCGGAAGGAGCCACCGGACGCAGCCACGUCCGGCGACCAGAAGCGGCUGCGGCCCUCGACCUCAGUGGAUGAGGACGAUGAAGAGUCCGAGCGGGAGCGCGACCGCGACACGGCCGACGUCCCCUGUGAGCUGGCCAAGCGGGACCCCAAGGCCGUGGGUGUGCGGCGACGGCCGGCUCGGCCCCUGGAGCUGGACAGUGGCGGGGAGGAGGACGAGAAGGAGUCCUCGUCGGUGUCCUCAUCGUCAUCGGCGUCCUCCACCUCCGGGUCUUCCACCUCCUCGCCCUCAUCCUCGGCGUCCGACAAGGAGGAGGGGCGGGAGAGCACGGAGGAGGAGGAGGAGGAGGAGGAGGAGGAGGAGGAGGAGGAGGAGGAGGAGGAAGCCGAGGAGAGGGAGGCGGAGCGGGGCCCCAGGAGCCAAGUGUCGUCCUCCUCCUCCACCUCGCCCCAGUCGGAGAAGGGUGACGGUGAAGACAGCGAUGAGCAGGAAGAGUCUGAGAACGACGAGGAAGGCGACACUGCACUGUCAGAGGCGAGUGAGAAGGACGAGGGGGACUCGGAUGCAGAGGAGACAGUAAGCACCGUCACGUCCAAGGCCGAUGCCGAGUCAUCCAGCGAGAGUUCCGAGUCUUCAGAGUUUGGGUCCAGCUCUGAGUCCUCCUCUGAGUCCUCAGAGGAUGAGCAGGAGAUGGCAGCGGAGGAAGAGGAGGAGGAGGAGGAAGAGGAGGUGGUGGCAGCAGUGGCAGCAGUGGCAGAGGAGAUCACGCCUCCUGCAGGUGCUGAGGACGCUGAGCCCAGCAGGGAGGAGGCCACACUGGCCCCAGGCGGACCUGGCACAAAGUCGCUGGUCACAGAAGAAGAGGGGGACCUUGAGGCUGAGUUCACAGCCCCGGGGGAGCGGACCCCCAUCCAGGAGGAACCCCCUGUGCCUGUGGCUGCUGAGGAGCUAGUGGGGCCUAAGGAGCCCCCUGAAGAGCCAGGCCCAAACCAGGAAGCAAACAUGUUGAUCUCACCAGAGCCCCCUUCCAACGAGGCAGAGGUGCCGCUUCCCACAUCCCCGGAACGAGUUCCAGGGCAAGACCUGGGAGCGGAGCCCGAGCCCCCGUCAGUGCCGUCCCUGCCCCCACAGCCGCCCUUGCCGCCCCCCCAGCCGCCCCGGCCCCCCAGCCCUCCCCCAGAACCGGAGCUCCCGGAGCCCCCGCCCGAGGACCCACCCCCCCGGACUCCAGGCCUCUGUGGCAGCCUAGGCAAGUCACAGAGCACAGAGACGAUGCCGGCCACCCCCAGUGGGGAGCCCCCGCUCUCGGGGGGCAGCAGCAACCUGUCCCUGAGCUCCCCGCAGGUGCCCGGCAGCCCCUUCUCCUACCCAUCCCAGUCCCCCAGCUUGGGCAGCGGAGGACUACCCCGGACACCUGGCAGGGACUUCAGCUUCACGCCCACCUUCCCCGAGCCCAGCGGGCCUCUGCUGCUCCCCGUCUGUACCCUACCCGCUGGGCGGCGUGAGGAGCGCCCCCUGGCCUCCCCGGUGCUCCUGGACACGGGCCUGCCGCUGCCCCUGCCCCUGCCCCUGCCGCUGCCCCUGGCACUGCCCGUCCCUGUCCUGAGGGCCCAGGCUCGGGCCCCUGGGCAGCUGCCUCCCCUGCUUCCGGCCCCUCUGGCCCCCUGCCCACCCCCCAUCAAGAGGAAGCCAGGCCGGCCCCGGCGGUCCCCACCGUCGAUGCUGUCCCUGGAUGGGUCCCUGGUCCGGCCACCCACAGGGGUACCCCUUGGGAGGGAGCUCCUGCUCCUGCCAAGCCAGCCGCAGACCCCCAUCUUCCCCAGCGCCCACGAUCCCCGGGCGGUGACCCUGGACUUUCGGAACGCGGGGAUCCCAGCCCCCCCGCCCCUGCCCCCCCAGCCACCGCCUCCCCCGCCUCCACCGCCCACUGAGCCUGCCAAGCUGCCCUUCAAGGAGCUGGACAACCAGUGGCCCUCCGAGGCCAUCCCUCCAGGCCUCCGUGGGCGCGACGAAGUCACCGAGGAGUACAUGGAGCUAGCCAAGGCACGGGGCCCAUGGCGCCGGCCCCCGAAGAAGCGGCACGAGGACCUAGUGGCCCCCUCGGCCUCCCCUGAGCUCUCGCCAUCCCAGCCCCUGUUCCGGCCCCGCUCGGAGUUUGAGGAGAUGACCAUCCUGUACGACAUCUGGAACGGUGGCAUUGACGAGGAGGACAUCCGCUUCCUGUGUGUCACCUAUGAGCGGCUGCUGCAGCAGGACAAUGGCAUGGACUGGCUCAACGACACGCUCUGGGUCUACCACCCCUCCACCAGCCUCUCUUCUGCUAAGAAAAAGAAACGGGACGAUGGCAUCCGGGAGCAUGUGACGGGCUGUGCCCGCAGUGAGGGCUUCUACACCAUCGACAAGAAGGACAAGCUCAGAUACCUCAACAGCAGCCGCGCCAGCACCGAUGAGCCUCCUGCGGACACCCAGGGCAUGAGCAUCCCUGCACAGCCCCACGCCUCCACCCGGGCCGGCUCUGAGCGCCGUUCGGAGCAGCGCCGCCUGCUGUCCUCCUUCACUGGCAGCUGUGACAGCGACCUGCUCAAGUUUAACCAGCUCAAGUUCCGGAAGAAAAAGCUUAAAUUCUGCAAGAGCCACAUUCACGACUGGGGCCUGUUUGCCAUGGAGCCCAUCGCGGCUGACGAGAUGGUUAUUGAGUACGUGGGCCAGAACAUCCGUCAGGUGAUCGCAGACAUGCGGGAGAAACGGUAUGAGGACGAGGGCAUCGGUAGCAGCUACAUGUUCCGGGUCGACCACGACACCAUCAUCGAUGCCACCAAGUGCGGCAACUUCGCACGCUUCAUUAACCACAGCUGCAACCCCAACUGCUACGCCAAGGUGAUCACAGUGGAGUCCCAGAAGAAAAUUGUCAUCUACUCCAAGCAGCACAUCAACGUCAAUGAGGAGAUCACCUACGACUACAAGUUCCCAAUCGAGGAUGUGAAGAUCCCCUGCCUCUGCGGCUCCGAGAACUGCCGGGGGACCCUCAACUAGGCCGCGAUGCCAACCCCCAUUUCAGGUGCUGUCCCUUGCCCCUCUGGCCACCGCAGGGCUUGGCGCCCAACACUACCCAGGCCCCGCCCACGGCGCCCAUCCGCAUCGGAAAGGGCUUCUGUCUCUCGCCUGUGUCCCUUCCAUUUUUAAAAAAAUGCUCCUUUCAGGACUUGUGUUCGGCUCUGCCACAAACUUCCGUCUACGUCUGGCCCUCCGUGCCUCCCACCCCCUUGUCCUCCUGUCUCUUCCCGUGGAUGCUGCUAUGUCGUGUGUCCUUUCCUCGUCUCCUUCCUCGUCUAAGAAAAGACAUUUUAACCGUUGAAAUGUGAAGGCAGAAUCGGAGAGGGAACCCGGCGGGGCUGCAGAGGCCUCUUGGGGCUGUGUCCUGCUGGGCCACCCCAGGGCUGGACGGGGCGGGAGCGGGCAGGUACUGCGGCCUCCACCUCUCGACUCCAUCCCGAGGACCCGCGAGGACACCACACCUUCCCCGGUGGCCAGACCCCACCCCCCCCACCCCCCCUAAAUCCUUGGAUUCCAUGUUUACUUUCUCAUUCGGAUGCCAGCAACGAGGGAGCCCGGGGAUCCCAGUGUGGGUGGGGCGCUGGGGCAGCUGUCCCCCAUCUCUGCUGCCCUCGCCGGCAGGGCCCAGGGCUCCCAGGGCAGGCGGGUCCCCCAGCCCCGCCGUACGGGUUGCCUGACCGCACAUGUGGCAGUUUUGUUUAUAAGCUUCCUGCUCACCCCCCCACCGGCAGCCCCUACCCCAGAGCUCUGCUAGAGUAUAUUUAUUUUCGGAGUGAGCAGCUUAUUUCUCCCAGAGAAAGGAAAAUCUUGCAGAAGAUUUUAAAACUCAGAUCUAAGUCUUUGACAGUUCUUUUUCUCCCUUUCUUCCCCUCUCAUCCUUUUCAGAGUUUAUUUCCGCGAAUUUAUUUUUUCUUGUGCGUGUAUAAAGUCAAAUCGAAGGGAAAAAAAUAGGUUUUUGAAGUUCAGAACCAACUUCUGUAUAUAGAUGGCCAUAAAGGACUUUUCUUGGGAACAUUGUUUCUUGUAGAAACAUGUGGGAAGACUUUUUUGCUCAUUUCUUUGUACUUCCAAAAAAAAAAAGAGAAGACACACAAAAGCAAGUCCCCCUCCCUGAAAGCAGAGCAGGCAUGUACAUAAUUUCCGGAACGAGACUGUUGAGACCCGGGUCCUCACCAAGAUGCGACCGUGCCCACCCCGCAGACGGCAGCGCCUCUGGUAUCUCAGCUUGUGUCAAGCUUGUUAUCAUGUAAAUUCUGUACAAAGAAUUGUUAUUUUUCUCUUUUUUGUUGUUGGUGGUUUUGUUGUGUUUUUGUUUUUGUUUUUUAAUUUUUUUCCCCUCAGGCCCUCUCUGUUUGGAACUGAGCCCUGGGAUUUCAAGGUCAAGGAAAUCGGGGGCCCUAAGAUAGAGGGGUACCUGGGCACAGCGGCGACCUUCUCUUCCAAUUGCAGUUUUCUGCCUAAUUGUGCAACCAAGGAAAUACUUAUUUUUUAUACGAGGAAGUGGUGUAGUCUGUAGAGGCGGCUGAUUUAAGUUAUUUGUGCAGCCCCCAAGGGGCUGUCUUUAUUCUGUCCCCCAUUGAAGACGUGGGGGACAACGCGAGGAAACCAGGAGAGCCCACCGGAGCCCUCCCCGGCCACAAAGCCUGCAUCACCCUGGCUGGCCUGGGGCCCCUUCCCAAGUCCUCGAGCACCCCCGGCGUGGUUUGCAAGAACCCACAUAUGUGUUGGCCCAUUUUCCCCUCAGAGCCUUUGUUUGCAUUGAACAAAUCUCUACUUUUGAAGUGUCGGGGGUUCCUUUUUGCUUUUCUUCUUUUUCCUUUUCCCUCUUUCCCUUGCUCUGCAAAGAAGAGAACGGAUAAACUCUAGGGCUGUUUGUGCUUAGACUCUGCCAUCCGUAUGUAACUUGUUUUGAAGAGAAGUGUUUCCGUUGUGGGUGUGUCUUGCUGUAAAUAUUUGUUCAUAUUUUUGUGAAUUCAAUACUAUGUACCAUUGUAUUAUAGUAACUUUUAUAAAGCAAACCAUAAAUA